AUGGCUGACCCUGACAUCCACCCAACAAAGGAAAUCGAUCCUGAGGCUCAAAACACCCGCAUCACCUUCCAAACCCACGAACGCGGUCGCUCAGAAACAGACCCCCGUCUCGGCCGCACACGUACCCGCUCCCUCUCCCGUCGUCGCUCCCACUCCUCCUCACGCUCCCGCAUCCAUCCAGCCUCUCCCUACUCGGGCUACCAGAUCGAAUACCGCACUUUAUCCAUCCAAGUCACCGAAGCCAAACAAACUGUCGACUCUGACGACUCCAAGACUGUGAAACCGAAGACUGAUGAGGAUUACUUCUCUAAGCUUCAGUACCAUGAGUUGCAGGUUGAACAGUUGUGUCAGCAGCUUAAUGUUAGUGCUGGGGAGGGUCUUUCCGAGAGUGCGGCUGCGACGAGACUUGAGCGCGACGGAAAGAAUACACUUCCUCAUCCCAAGACGAACUAUAUCAAGCGGACUCUAAAGUACAUCUUUGGUGGUUUCUGUUCGGUUCUUUGGGUUGGGGCUAUUAUCUUCUUCCUCUGCUGGCAGCCCCUCAGCAAUCCUCCGUCGAAUCAGAAUCUUUCGCUCGCCGUUCUUAUCCUCAUCGUCAUCUUCCUCCAGGCUGGCUUUUCAGCCUUCCAGGAUUGGUCUACCGCCAAGACCAUGAAUUCUAUCCUCGACCUGUUGCCUUCUUUCGCAAUGGUCAAGCGUGAUGGUGAAAUCAAAAGCUUGCCUACGAUUGGUCUUGUCGCUGGCGAUGUUAUUCAUCUCCAAGUCGGCGACAAAGUUCCUGCUGAUCUGCGCAUCAUCAGUCACUCUGGUGACAUCCGUUUUGAUCGUUCGGUUCUUACUGGCGAGUCUGACGAGAUCGAGGGUGCGGUUGACGCCACCGAUGCGAACUUCCUCGAGAGUCGCAACAUUGCUUUCAUGGGAACUACUGUCAUGAACGGUAAUGGUGUCGGUGUUGUUGUACUCACUGGUGGCCGAACUGUCAUGGGUCGUAUCGCGACGUCUACAUCUGGUGUCAAGGAUUCAGCUGCUCUGAUCCAGCAGGAAAUCACUCGCUUCGUCAAGAUUAUUGUCUGCAUGACCAUUAUCCUGGCUCUCGCGAUCCUUCUUACGUGGGUUGGUUGGCUGCGCGUUGAUCACCCAGAUUACAUGAGUGUUCCAGCCAUGCUUGUCAAUGUCAUGGCCUGUGUCGUGGCGUUCAUUCCGGAGGGUAUGCCAGUCGCUGUGGCGUUGACACUCAUGAUGGUAGCGCGUCGCAUGAAGGCUGUCAACGUUCUACCCAAGGGUCUAUCGACCGUUGAGACCCUUGGUUGUGUGAAUGUCAUCUGCUCUGACAAGACUGGAACUCUUACACAGAACCAGAUGUUUGUCAGCUCCGUUGCCUUUGUCGACAAGAAAUUCGAGUCUUCGGAUGAAUUCCACUAUCUUGUCAACAGCAACGAAGCAGACCAAGCUUCAAUCGCUCUUCAACGCGCAGCACUUCUUUGUAACGAUGCAUCCUUCGAUCCGACCACUAUCCAUCUUCCCCUUCAUGAGCGAGCAGUCAUGGGUAACGCCACCGACAGCGCAGUCUUCCGCUUCGCCGCAUCCGGCCACUCAGGUGAUAGUGCCAGGAAGACUAUGCCUCGCAUCUUCGAAGUACCCUUCAACUCCAAGAACAAAUGGAUGUUAACAGUCUUCCAAUCCGACGACGAACGUGGUGCAUACCGUGUCAUCAUCAAGGGUGCGCCUGAUAUCCUUCUUGCAGGAUGUACCAAGUACUGGUCCUCCGAGUCCAACUCCGUCGUCACGCUUACUCGCGACGCACGCAUCAAGUUCCAGCAGAUCCAAGACGAAGCUUCUCGUCGGGCGGAACGUGUGAUUGUCUUGUGUGAGAAGUUCAUCACUCCUCGCUCGGUCGCUGGCACGAAUAGUUUCAGUGAUGAGAUCACGCACUCCGCUAUUCAGGACCUUACUGUCGUCGGUAUGCUCGGCAUCAUCGAUCCUCAUCGUCCCGAGAUUCCAGCCACGGUUGAGCAAUGCCGUCGUGCUGGAACGAGGUUCUUCAUGGUCACUGGCGACUACGCUCUCACCGCCGCCGCAAUCGCUCGCAACACUGGUAUCUUCUCUUGUCAGCAGGAUCCUGAUACCAUUGACUCGCUCUACCCCGGUACCCCUACCAGCGAGAAGAAGACGAAGCCGAAGAAGGGUGAUCGUGCGGAGAUCAUCCCCCGAAGUCUACUACUCGAAGGCGCCCAUCUCAGUAGGCUUAGCCAGGAGGACUGGGAUAUCGUCUGCGCCUACGAAGAAAUCGUCUUUGCACGAACUACUCCCGAGCAAAAACUUCGUAUCGUCACCGAACUUCGCGAACGCGACAAUGUAGUCGCUGUAACCGGUGAUGGUGUCAACGACGCCCCUGCCCUUCGCGCUGCAGACGUUGGUGUCGCUAUCGUUACCGGAAGCGAUGUCGCCAUCGAAGCAUCUGACCUCGUCCUCCUCGACCGCUUCGACUCCAUUAUCGACGCCAUGCGCCUCGGCCGUCUCGUCUUCCAGAACCUUCAAAAGGUUAUUUCCUACCUUCUCCCCGCCGGUAGUUGGUCCGAGAUCUGGCCUGUCAUUCUGAACGUCUUCUUCGGCGUUCCUCUCCCUCUUAGCGCGUUUCUCAUGAUCAUCAUCUGUGUCUUUACAGAUCUGUUCCUCAGUCUGUCACUGAUCAUGGAGAAGGAGGAAUUCGAUCUUCUUUCUCUUCCUCCCAGGAACCACAAGCGCGAUCACCUCAUCAACGCCAAGAUCUACACCCAAGCGUACCUCUUCACGGGUACCAUGGAGACCAUCACCGCGCAUGCCAUGUUCUUCCUCUACAUGUGGAGACACGCCAAGCUCUCCGCCUCCGAUCUCUUCUUCCUCUUCGAAGGCUACUCAGAAGGCUAUCACGGCUACACCAAGGACGAGCUGACCAAGUUCAACAACACCGGCCAGUGUGUUUACUUUGUCACACUAGUGUUCCUUCAAUGGGGAAAUAUCCUCGCUGUGAGGAACCGACGCUUGAGUAUUUUCCAGGCGAAUCCUAUUACCAAGGCUCAUCGCAACCCGUGGUUGAUUCUUAGCAUGCUUAUCAGUUUGUGCAUUGCUAUUUUUGUGACGGAGGUGCCUGGGAUUCAGAAGUUGUUUGAUACCGAGUCUGUGCCGAUUGAGUUUUGGUUGAUUCCUAUUCCUCUGGGGUUGGGUAUUUUGUUGGUUGAUGAGAUUAGGAAGUUCUUUGUGAGGAAGUUUCCCAAGUCUUUCAUUGCGAGAAUAGCUUGGUAA